AUGUCUCCAGCUCGAGGCUCACUACCGAGACUUUUGCCCAGGCCCUUGGGGGAAGAAGAGCGCCGACCAGAGGUAACCCCAUCCCGCAGACGCAAGCUAGUAAGCAAUGCUUGCAACAGCUGUAGGACACGGAAAACCAAGUGCCGCCAAUGUGCCAGAAGAAACUGGCCCUGUGUCUACACUGCUCCGCCUGGAGUCACAUCUCAGCAGCUCAAAAAGGAACGCACAGAAAACUAUGCGAGUGUGGUUGAACUGAUACGCCGCGGAAACGGCGUGCACGCUGAACAGAUUGCGCAGAGAAUCAGAGAGGCUGAAAGCGUUGACACUGCCGUUGGUGAUAUUGCCAGUGCAAGCCUCCUGCUGCAACCUUCUUCUCGAGCGGUUACAGCCGCCACUGGGCCACCUUUGAGACAAUAUCCUGCUGCUGCUCCCCGUCCACUGCUGACGUCCCCAUACGAAGACUGUGACUUUAUCUUUGAGAAACGCUACGACACUGAUACUUAUUAUCGACGGGUAGAUCCAAGCCUCUUUGUGGAUGUAUCAGGUCAUGAUUUGCCUCUGUCCAACUGGACCAAGGUAUCUACUGAUAAUCGCCGCAUGAAUCAUUUGCUCAACUUGUUUUUCACCUGGGACAAUGUUGUGGAGCGCAUCAUCUAUCGACCAAUCUUGGAAGAGAAUGUUCGAAGGCUUAGAAGAGGGCAUCAAGGUGACUAUGACGACAAUACCGACAGCGACUUUUGCUCUCCCUUUCUGAUCAAUGGCCUACUGGCCUUGAGCUGCCUCUACUCGAUGGACCCAGCUACAUACAAAGACCCUGCGGAUCCUAGAACACGAGGGAGGUUAUGGGCGGAGGAGGCCCGGCUUCACCUGCAGAAUUGCACCCGGCCAUCCAUUGCUCUGAUGCAAGGCCUAUACGUUAUGCUCAUCUAUGAGGCCAGUCUUAGUGACGGCGCAAGAACGCUGCAAUACUUGACGCAAUGCAUGGAUGUCUACAGGAUUCUCAACGAUAGGAACGUGAUCGAGCUUGCUGACGACACGGUGCCCGAGCCUCGACGGAAGCUGGAGAGAGAAGCCUUUUCUUGGUGCAUGUGGGGAAUGUAUUGCUGUGAAUGGCGAUCUACCGAGGCGCUUGGCCUCCGAAAGUUGAGCCGUCCGCCAAAGAUUGAUAAAGUGUGGCGCGAGAGCAGCUUCACACUUCGUCAGGCUGGGUCCGCAGGAUACAGUUGGUAUCCUUACCCGCUGAGUGUCCAGAUGCAGCCAUCAAUGCAGGUGGCUCUCCGGGAGGCGGAUGCUGCGCUGUCGGAGAUUGUCGAAUCGAUAUUAAACUAUCUACAUCCCGACGAAAACGGCAUCGACGCUGUAUCCAAGCCUGGCUAUGCAUUGGAGCUCUACGACGCCUUGAUCAACUGGAAAUACGGGCUUCCCGAUGAAUUGCGAUUUGAGCAGUCUGUGCUGCCGUCCGUCAUUGCUUUGCACACCCACCUGGAGACGGUGAGCAUGACUCUUUUACGUCCCUUUGCUCACUUGACCAGACAAGAGUUUGGUGGCCGAUUCAGCCCUCGGGAGCGAUGCGCCGCACAUGCCAGCCAUCUAGUGACAACAGUCUGGUCAUUUCGCGCCCACGGCCAAGUCCGCUACGAGUACUACCUCGCGUACGCCCUGGGCGCUGCUGCCUACAUUCUAUUGCAAGAGCCCGACGCGCCUGUGCAAAUGGACUCGCUGGUCCGUGCUUGCCAGUGCAUCUUUGAGAUGCGCCCGACGUUGCCGCUGGCAGCGGAUACUCUGAGCGGUAUCCGCGCUGCGUUUAGGCUGUACAGGCUGGCGGUGCCAAUGUACAUGCUAAAGUUCUUUGAUCGGGUGCGUCAUAACGAAGCUGGCGUGUUGCAUCGUACCGUGGCUGUGACGGGCUUGCUACCGGCUGCUGGCGGCGGCGGCAAUGACAAUGAGGCGAAGCGAGCUGAAAUACAACUUGAAGAUCUUUUGAGGGACUUUGGCAAUGUUGAUAUUCACUAA